AUGAGAAUACACAUCAUCAACGAAGUCACUGUAAGAAUGUCAGGGAGUUAUGGUUUUCAGAUAAUGGCAAAGAGUUCGCUCAUGAAGUCCAUGGAUGACAAGGCAUACAUCAGACCAGGAACAUCAGGUACUGCAUUAGAACAGUAUCAAAUAUCAGUUUUUUUUGUUACACUAUACGCGUAUAUUUAAUAGCACUAUACGAGGACAGCGUUGUUUCAUUUUUAAAAUUUAAUAUACUAUAGUAUUAUUAUUAAAUUCGUCAUAAAUGUUUACAAUUACAUACAUAACAUGCUAUACGAGACAAUGUAUGUUACUGGGAUAUGGAACAGGACUUUCGUCCCAAUUAACGCCUAGCCCUUAUAACUUUUACUAAAACAUUAUGCACACAUUACAAAUGUUUAGUAGAUGAACACUUGCGCAAAUCAAUGUUUAUGGUAGUUCUAAUUCAUUUCUUUUUGACUCAUUUAAAAUUUUUUCGUUGUGUAGAAGGUCCAGAAAAAAACAGAAAUGUCAAGAUACUGACCCUGGAUGGAACAGGUGCAAGAAAAUUGCCAAAAUAUGACUGGCCUGAGAGAUUGGUGUACCAGAUACCAGCAGCACAUAGGAUAAUUGAAAAAGAAGGCGUAAUCAUGGAUGAUGGAUCACAAAAACUGAUAACAAAAAAUGAAUUGCACGUUGUGGUGGUAAGACCAAAAGCUUAUGUUUCUUCUACUGGUACGUCAUGGGCAAACGAAACUCAUAGGCUAAGAUGUGAGUAUCCAGAUGUUCACGAAGUACCCGUCUCAGGUGAUCAAUCUGUGUCGUAUUCAGCUAAUUUUCGGCGAUUUUGUGCCACAGAUCAAUGUGAUAUUUUCAUGCUGAAUGAUAUGACGAUGAUGGAAGAUCUCCAGAAGAUGAAACUGCAGGGGCCUUGCAUUCAUCAAAGCUAUGAAUUGAAGCGUUUGGAACAUUUUCUACACAGAAAGGAAAUUGCUUUCGCUGAAGUAGAUCUAAAGAGGGCAGUAUUAUGUGAAGGCGAAGGAACAUUAGUGGAUGAAAUUAAACGUUACCUAACUCCUUUGACUACUCACUGCAGUAAAUUGGCAGAGAUCAUUAAAGAGGCAACUGAACUCUCUAGUUACGAAGAACUUCAAACGCAAGCACAAGAGGUUCUAACUUUUCUAGAGUCUUUGAGAUUGCCACAAGUCAAACCAAGAUAG